AUGUCUUCCCAAUUCUUGCAGACGGAGCUUGCAAACCUCAUUCAGGAGUCUAGACGAAAGAAUUCUGAUCUUCGAAGUGCAGCAGAGCAAUCGCUAAAUGAGUUAAAAGCGCUACCCUCGACAUCCGAGGCGCAAAUAGCGGCAGACCUUAUCCGCAAGCCGGCCUUUGUUGAGCCAUUUGUCAUUGCAUGUCAUACUCGACAUGCAAAACUUGCUGGAAUAGGUGUGAUCUGCCUUCAAAGAUUGAUUGCAUCGCGAGCAUUGCCAUCGCAUCGUUUGAAGGAUGUGCUUGCAGGCCUGCGGGAAACGACUAACCUGAGUCUUGAUAUUCAACUCAAAAUUCUUCAAUCACUGCCUUCUUUACUACAGUUUUACUCCAAUGACCUUAGCGGAGAUCUUCUCGCAAACACACUGGAGAUAUGUGCAACUUUGCAGGCAAGCAAACAGAUCGCGGUCAGCAGUACUGCCGCUGCUACGCUUCAACAACUAGUUGUAUCGACUUUCGAGAGGGUCUCUAGCGAGGACAAGCUACCCACUGAUGGCAAAGUUACCAAGACCGUAAAAGUCGACGGCCAGUUUGUAGAAAUUGGACGGUUUUCAUAUGAUGCUUUACAGGUCCUGGAUGACCUUUGUCGCCUCAUUGAUGGUGAACAAUUGCAAUUUCUUCGCACGAGAACCCUUUCGCCUCCAUUCGUUCUCGAGCUUAUUGAGAGCAUCAUACUUAACAGUGGCCGCCUCUUUGUAGGACACCCGGAGCUAUCUCAAGUACUGCGGGUUCGCUUAGUGCCGUUGAUUGUCCGAUGCUUAUCUGAGAGAACUACAUUUUCCCAGACAGUCCGAGUAACUCGGAUUCUUCUCAUUCUGCUCAAGCGCCAUAUGUCUCUCUUAACCGCAGAAUGCGAAAUGGUCCUUGGUCUGCUGACGCAUUUACUUGAACCUGAUGGGACUGCACCAUGGAAGCGAGUUCUGUGCAUGGAAUUAUUCCGGGGCCUCUAUUCUGAACCGGGUGUUGUUCGGCAGAUCUACUCGCUUUAUGAUGCAGAGGAAGGCAGAAAAAACAUCCUGCGGGAUCAUAUGGCCUCCUUUGUGCGACUGGCUUCUGAAAAACCUUCGUUGAUUGGCGUCAGCAAUCAGUCAACAUCACCGCCGCGCGCUGAUCAUUCACGGUCUGUGACUGAGGAUCAGAUUGCUCUUGAGACUGGUGGUGUAGCGGGUGUCAUCGGAACAUCGGUUCCUCAAAAUGAGAUGAGGGUCCCGGGGAUCAGCACUCAGUGGAGUGUCGUCCGAACACCUUACAUUGAGCUACUGGAUAAAACAGAGCCAUCGCUGCCUCCAGAGACUUACAUUUAUAGUCUUGUUCUGAACUGUAUUAGCGCCUUUGCUGAAGGGCUUGCAAAGUUCAUUCUCCCACUCACAGUCCCGGAUCUGAAACAAAAACGGAAGAACAGACUGGCCAAUACUCCUGACCAGGGGCCUGAUUCGGCUAGAUCGUCUCAGGACCUUCAAUCACCAGAUGCGACGAGAACACAAGCAGCUUUUUCGUUCAAGAAGCCCUCAGUACCCAUAAAUCCCUUGGAACUGCAGUCCCACAUGCAAUUCUCCGCUAUCAAAACAUGUGCGGGCAUUAUUGAGAAUUGUUGGCCUGCUGUACUUGCAGCAUGCUCAACCUUUUUGCACGCCUCCCUUGACGAUGAAUUCUACCACAACCUGGUUCGAGCUUUUCAGAAAUUGGCCCAUGUCGCAGGCUUGCUCAGGCUAUCAGUGCCCCGAGACGCUUUUCUCACAACACUCGGCAAGGCAGCCAUGCCUGCAAGCACUGGUAGUUCUAAGGCGCAGACCUCUGGUGCACCGGCUGGCGCAGGAUCCCAGGCCCAUGAUGAUUUUCAGAAAAAGCGAAAAAGUACCGAUUUCUCACGAACCAGUUUAUUGCCGGUGGAUUCAACUGGUUCAUCGGUUGGAGAUGGCCGACCUGUGUCUCUCAGCACCAGAAACCUCCUCUGUCUCCGAGCUCUAAUCAAUCUUGGAAUUGCCCUGGGGCCGACUUUGGACCAGCCAGCCUGGUCUAUUUUGCUGGAGACACUCCAGUAUACUGGCCUGGUUAUUGGGAUCUCGUCGAGUGCAAUGGUUAAAUCAGCCAGUGGCGCGGCGGAAGUUCCAGGCACUCCAGGGAAUGAUGUUCCCACUGCAAAUCUUGGCACAGAAGUAAUUGCCGUACAGGCUGCAUCUUCCAAGCUGUUUGAAAGCACCAGUGAUUACCCCACUGAUUCGUUCCAGGACAUUCUCCUUGCCCUUCUGGGCCUUUCCUCAUUCACAGAACAACGAGACGAGCAAGAGGAAGUCCAACAGGUAUCUGAGACUCCCCGGUCGCCACAACCAUCCCGGCAUCCUGGACGCAUGCAUCAGAAUGCCCGGCGCGUGUCACACACGGUGGGUAAAUCAAGGAUGCAAGAUGAGGAACUCAAGUUUGUUUUAGACAAAGGAAAUGAAUUGGCUAGAGCAAAUCUAGACAGACUCUCUUCAUUGGAUGCAGCAGAUAGCAACGCCUGGCAACUGCUGACACGAAGUCUCAUCUCAAUCUCUGCAAACAUUGCGAUUAGCCCAAAUCUCCGCCUGCAGGCAAGCGGGAUUUUGAACUCAUUGGUCUUUUUGACGAUGAGACCAAGGGAUGGCGAUGAAGAGGAGACACAGAACAAGGUACAGACACGGAAUCUUCAAACUCUCAAGGAUCAAGUUACAUCUUUGUACGCAUCAGAUCUGGUUUCUUCCAAGUCUCUUCCAAUCACAGUGGUUGAGAUCCAUGAGCAGAGCCUAGAAGUUCUCCAAAAUAUUCUUGAGCAGUAUGCAGAAACGUUCCAAGAUGGAUGGAAUCUUGCCUUCGGUUUGAUAUCCGGUGUCUUUCAAGGUGUCGCAAAGGUGGAAAGUAGUGAUCAGCUAUCUUUACCCACUGAGCGCAGAUCAUCCGGCCUGCCAGCCGGGCCAAGAUUAGUUCGCGCUGCGUACAAGUCACUGCAUCUGGUCGCAUCUGACUUCCUCUCUUUGUUGCCUGCGGCUUGUCUCUUGAGCCUGGUAGAUUCGCUCUCGAGCUUUGCUUCUCAAACACAGGAUUUCAACAUCUCUCUUACAACUACCUCAUUUUUCUGGACUGUAUCCGAUUUCCUCCAGGGACAGAUCGAAGAAUUCUCCAUUGAGCGUCAUGUUGAUGCUUCUGUCAGUGAAGAAGUUCUGGGUGAUCUUGCUCAAUCCAAGGACCUUUCUGUCUCGAGAAACUCGCUCUGGCUUCUGCUGCUGCUUCGUAAUGUGGAUGUUACCACGGAUACCAGACCGGAAAUUCGAAACAGCGCGAUUCACACUCUUCUUAGGAUUUUUGAUGCCUAUGGGCAGCAGCUUUCUCCUAAAGCAUGGCGGUUGUGUCUUAACAGAGUCCUCUUUUUGAUGGUGGAGCAAAUUGAAAGCACACUAAAUGAGCCCAAGGCCGUGAAAAACGACCUGAAAUCUUGGGUGGAUACGACGGUCGUGAUGAUCAAUGGAGUUGCUAAUCUGAUCACGACUUUCUUCGAAACCAUUGUGAGUGAUGAGAAGUUCGACCAGUCAUGGACCCGACUUCUGAAGUACCUGCAAGCAUUGGUUGAGAUGCAUCUCCUUGAAUUCAGUGAAGCCACGUUUGCUAGUAUUUCAUCUAUCCUCAUCCGAGUGCAGUCUCCCAUUGGGCUGAGCAAAGAUGCGCUUCAGUGUGCUUGGGAUCUGUGGAUUAAUGGACACCCCGCCAGUGACGAAGCCAAACUCGAUUUGGAUCGACCUAAUCAAGAUGCUGCGCUGGCCUAUAUCCAAACAUUCCAACAAGUAUAUCGUCUCUACAAAGACGAUUUGACUACGGAACAUAUCGAAAAGAUCCUAAAUCACUUGCGACUGCUGGUGUGGAACUCAGUAUCCCCACUUUAUUCUCCAGAUAUUGAUCGACCUUCCACCGUCCAAGCGCUGGUAAUCGACUGCAUCAAAACCCUAUGUUUGGAGAAAGAAGAAUCUCAGGAUGCAAUUCUUUUGUGUCUUGCUGAGCUCUCUGCUUCGGCAUUAUCCCAAUGGAGUGCGGAAAGUGACUCGAGAAGGCCUACAUUUGUGGCCUUUUCGAAGAACAUCAUUGAUCUUAUCAGCUGGUACAUCACUGAAUUUGGUAUCAAGCAAGACAUUUUCACCAAUGGUGCACUGACAACUAUCCUCGAUCGUCUCAAUGGGCCAAUCGGGCAGAAGUACACAUGGCAAGGAAAAGACCGCGAGCCUUUCCUGUGGCAAAAGGCCUCAACGGUGUCCUUGAACGUACUACAAGUCGCAGUCCCUUAUGUAGAAACACAAUACAGCGAGACCAACGCUGCAGAGAUAACCCGCUUCUGGCAAUGCGUCGUGGAUGCUACGCACGGCAUCGUCUCUGCCCGUGGUUUCCAAGCCCAGCAGCUAUCAAACGCCCGCGUCCAAACCGACGAGGCAUUUGAUAUCGCCGCAUUCACCCGCCUGAAGACGUUGAUUCUACCUUCGCUCGGAGCGUCAGCAAUCGCAAGCUCAGUCCGCCGCGAUUUCGCGUACGCUCUUUUCAGUUCAUCUUUCAUAUACCCGCCCCAACGACUCGAUCUCCCGGCCACUUCAAUCGAAAAGAACCCUCUUCAGGACUUCUACAAAGUCCGUUCAGGCCGUACUUUCGACCCUCCGCCGACUCUGCGCCCAAAAAUGGCCUACGCGCUCAUGGACACUCUCUUCGAGCUUGCUACAAGUGCUGGUGCUGAUGAUGCAUCGACGCCAUCUCCACAGACUCUGCUAGCUCAAUCGGUCUCUCCUUACCUCCUGCUUCGCUGCGCUAUGUCGUUGAAAGCAUACAUCGCCGACCAGCCUCUGCGCGGUCUAAUGCCUCAACCUACGCCUGCACGUAAGGCUCUGCUUCAUCUUCUUGUUCACAUGGUUCAGCUUCAAAGCGAGCCUUCUGCCAUUCCGGAUCCACCAAUCUUGAAAACUGUCUCGGCAAUGACCGACUCGGAAGAUGAUGCUCCACGUCAUCACCGCAAGCAUCUCGAAUGGCUGUACCCUCUCAUUGUCAAGGCGAUUCAGGUGGCAGGUAAAGAACGCGAUGAUGGACAGGUACUUCAAACCCUCGGGCAGGCAUUGAAGGAGACAGGUCGUUUCGAAUAA